AUGAAGCAAUCCGCAGCCGUCUCGGCCGCUGCAGGUCCCUCGCGUGUUCAGCCAUCUGCACUGCUCAGAACUGGCGGCAAGGGAGCCGGCAUCGGUGGCCUCCCGGGCGGUGUUGUUGGUCCAGAAGCAGCCGGUCUAGAUCCGUCCGGACCAGAGCACUUUUUCGUCACGCUCGCAGCCUACGCCGACGCGCUCGAUGCGCUUCCCCUCGACCUCACCCGCAGCUUCUCCGAUCUCCGCGAGCUGGACGCCGUGCUCGGCUCUCACCUCAACAGCCUCACUGCGCGUCUCAACCACCUCACCGCGCUCAUCGAAGAUCCCGAUGUCGACCAGGGUCAACGUCUGCUCGCGCUCAAGGAGGUGGCCGAAGAGGCGCGCGCCUACAAGAUGGGUGGCGAGGACAAGAUCCGCGUCGCGCUCAACACCGCCGAAACCAUCAUCAGCCACACCGACUACAUCGACGCACUAGACAGCCAGCUCGACCGCUUCGGCGAGAUCUCGACGCUGCUCAACCCCACCAAGCAUCUCAAGCUCGACCAAUACUACGUGCCAGGACAGCUCAAGGACCGCAAGCUCGUCGCAUCGCUCGAUGCUCACAUGGGUGCAGCAGGUGCCGCCGAUGUCAACGGCGCCAGCGGCAGCAAGAAGAAGAAGGUAGCUGCACACAUCUCUGCUGUGAGCGCUGUAGGCGGAAAGAGCCACAAGGUUGCCGAUGCAGCUGCUGCCAUAGCGUCCGCAGCAGGUGCCAGUGGAGCAUCCAACAGCAAGAAACGCAAAGCCAUCUCCGGCGCUGCCGUCGGCGGCUCGACGGCGGGUGCAAGUUCCAAGGUCGCCAAGACGUUGGCAUCUGGCAAAGGCGACGAGGACGUCAAGUCGGCCGCCAACGGAUCCAGCUCGCACAAGAAACGAGUCGAAGGCGGCUCACACUCUGCUGCUUCGGCUGGAUCCAAAGCCAGCCAGUCGAACAGCAACACGCGCCUUCCACGAGCAGCGCAUGCACACAUCGGCUACAUCGAAGACGACGACGACGGAGCCGGUGGUCGCAAAGACGCGGCUUCAAGACGGGCUGCAGGCGACGCCGAUGAAUCCUCUGCACGCAGUCGCAACAGCCGUGCCGUGCGCACCUCCGCCGCGGCACAACGAAGCGACGACGAAGACGAAGAUCUGGACGACGGCGAUGUGGAAGAAGAGGAGGAGGACACGCACGCACGCUCCAACGCCAAGAGUCGCGGUCGUGCGGGUGGACGAGCGGGAGCCUCCAACUCUCGCGCGCGCGGUGCUGCUGCCGCUGCGGCCUCUCCUCACGCCGGUUCUGCAUCGGCGAGUCGCGCAGACAGUCCGGCCUCCAACGCGGGAGGUGCAGGCGACGAUGCGGACGAAGCCCGCUACUGUUUCUGCAACAACGUGUCGUACGGAGACAUGAUUGGAUGUGACGACGACGACUGCGAGCGGGAGUGGUUCCACUUGGGCUGCGUGGGGCUGACGAAGCCACCGCAGGGUACGUGGUAUUGCGAGGCGUGCCUGGAGAGGAGAGCGGCUAACGGACGGGGUAGCAAGGCCAAGAAGGCCAAGAGUGGAGGUGGGUCCAAGAGCAAGGUUCGUCGUUAG